CCAAGACCCUGAGGUGGAGGAGGGAGAGCCCAUCUCUCGACUUAAGCAUAAUCUCUCCGACUGACUGUGUGUUCUCUUUCAAUCUGAACUGUUCUGUGUCUUCCAGGCAUGAAAAGCUGACUCUCAUGCCUAGUCGUGACCUUUCUUCCCUCCUUCCUUCUAUCCUUCCUUUACUCCUCCUUUCCACAAAUAUGUAGGUUGUGCCUAUGAUGUGCCAGGUGCUCUUCUAGGUGCCAACAUUACAGAAAUGAACAAAAUAAGUAAAAAUAACUGCCCUCGUAGAAGUUAGAUUCUAGCAGAGGGAGCGAGCCAAUAAAUAGGUAAAAUAGCUAAUAUGUCAGAUAGUGAGAAAUGCAAUGCCAAACUAGAGCAGGGAAGGAGAGGGCACGUGCUGCAGGGAGGAAGCAUGCAAGCCUCUUGCUUCAAAUAGAAUAUUCAGUGAGUGCCUCACUCAUAAGGUGAUAUUUGAGCAGUGACUUAAAGGAAGUGAGAGAGCAAUGCAUGCAGAUAUUUGGGGAAAUUUUUCCACGCAGAGAGAGAAUAACCGCAGAGCCCCUGAGGCAAGAGUGUGCUUUAUGGGUUGGGGCCAUUGUGGCUGUAGCACAGGGAGGGAGACAGUGGCAGCAUUUUGGUCCGAGAGGUAGCAAGGCGAGAUGUAGCAGGUAGUUGUCUCUGAGACGGACGGCCAGCCAGUACAGGGACUGGGAGUAAGGACUGACAGGACCAAGUGUAGAUUUUUUUUUUUUUAAGAUGGAGUCUCGCUCUGUUGCCAGGCUGGAUGGAGCGCAGUUGCGCGCUCUUGGCUCACUCCAACCUCCACCUCCCAGGUUCAAGUGAUUCUCCUGCCUCAGCCUCCUAAGCAGCUGGGACUAGAGGCGUGCCACCAUGCCCAGCGAAUUUUUGUAUUUUUAGUAGAGGCGGGGUUUCACCAUGUUGGCCGGGAUAGUCUUGAUCUCCUGACCUCGCCAUCUGCCCCCCUCAGCCUCCCAAAGUGCCGGGACUACAGGCAUGAGCCACUGUGCUCAGCCCUAAGUGUCGAUUUUAAGGAUUUUUCCAUCUGGCUAUGUUGGAAUAGACUGUAGGUGAGCCUUAGACACAGCAAGAUCAACAACUGGGAAUGAGAAUGAGGGAGAAGGUAGGGAGGUUUUGGAAGAGGAAGGUGUGCACUAGUCACCCAGGAGAAUGAGAGACCGAGUGAACUCGGGAAGUCUAGUAGAAUUGCCAGGGUCCACUUGAAGAUGGUGGUCACUAUUAAUGGCCCUCAAGUUAGAGUCCACAUAAUUUUGUAUUUCCUCCCAGUCCUGUUAUUCUGUGCAGAUACAGGCACUGAGUGGAUGGGAAGUUUAUUUAACCAGGGUUAGGUAUUGCCAGAAGAGUGCAAUGAAGUCAAAGCAGAUUAAGGGAUUUGGGUGAGUGCAAGAGAGUAUAAUAACGACUGUGUAAUCUAAGUUGGGUGGUGAAGAAAGUGCUAACAUGAAGGCUGCUGGGUAGUGACAGGGUGGUAGGAUAAUGACCACAGACCUCAGUGAUGCCACAGAAUUGCUGGUGUUGGAGCAUGAGAGGAAGUGAGCUAAAGGGAUAAAGAUUGUAUUCGCUAGGUAUUCUAGUAGAUACUUGUCCUCUCCUAAUUCAGCCACUGGUCCUCAUGGCCAUUCUCUAGACCAAGAGCUACAAUCCUUCUAUGACCAGAAUUACAAGCAUCUCACUGUCUCAUUUCCACCUCUGUAAUAGAGAUGGUUAACUGACCACCAAAACGUAUGUCAGCCCUUCUAGCUAUCUCUGAGACGUGGCUGCCUGGACACCUUGCCAGAUGGCUAUGAGACUAGUUCUUGCUAAGGACACAUGAGUGGCAAUGGUGAGACUCACUUCUGGUCCCAGGCUUUAAAGAAGUUAUGUUUCUUCAAAUAUAUGUCAUGAAUGGCAGAUGUCACAUUUUGGUGGCCAGUUAGUCAUCUCUGUUAUAGAGGUCGUGAUGAGACAGUGGGAUGCUUGUAAUUCUGAUCAUGUAAGGAUUGUAGCUCUUGAUCAAAUAGGUCUCAGGAAUGACAGAUAUCUAUUUCUCACUAGCGUAAGAACUAAAAACAAUUGUAUUGCACAGAUAGUUCUCCUCCAUGUGGUAAUUCAGGGACCCAGGUGGCUUUCAUCUUGGGGCUCCGCCAUUCCUUAGGGCCCCAUGAUCAUCUGCGCAUGGCUAGCAGAAGAGGAAAAUAAAAAUGCAACUUCUUCAAAGCCUGGGACCAGAGGUGAUUCUCACCAUUGCCACUCACGUGUCAUUGGCAAGAACUAGUCUCAUGGCCAACCAGCAAGGCAGCUGGGCCACCAUGUCUCAGAGGUAGCGACACUACAGAAUAUUCUGGUGGCCGGUUAGCCAUCUCUGUUAUAGAGGUGGUGAGGGAGACGAUGGGAUGCUUAUAAUUCUGAUCAUAGAAGGAUUGUAGCUCUUGGUCUAGAGAAUGGCCACGAGGACCAGUGGCUGAAUUAGGACAGGACAAAGUUAUUGGAGGAGUGGUGGGCCGGAUGUGAGACGCCCUAUAGGGACUGGAAACAUAGGUGUUGACACCAACAGGAGUUAUGCCUGGAGCAGUGGUGGAGAGGAGGUGAGCCAGGGCUAAAACCAUCAAGCACUAGAGGGACGACUGUAAGACAGUGGGGGCAGUAAAGUCACUUCCUCGGAGAAGUGUUGCCUGUUCCUAUGUCCUUUUAUUUUUUAUGACCUUAGUUUCAUGGUCUUCAAGAAAGUGACACUCUUGCCCCACUCCUUUGCCAUUGCACUCCUCCAGACAGGCUUCUGAGUAGGCCAAGGCCACAUCCUCGGCAUCUGCUAAUGUUUCUCUAAGAAAUCCUGGAAACCUCUAGAUAGUUUAAAAGUUAUAGCUAGCCUCCUGAAUUCACCCUCUUUUGGUGACCCUUCACCCACGUAGGCACUCUCUCUCUCUCACACACACACACACACACACACACAGCCACACUCUCAUACAUACACACACCAUUCACACACAUUCAUACAUGUAAACACAUUCAUACAUUCACACACACACACACCAUUCACACAGACACAUAAACACAUUCAUACAUUCACACAUACACAUACUCAUACACAUACACAUACACAGUCAUACAUACACACACAAACACACACCCUCCCCACUCCUCCAAUGCUUCCAUGUUGAUUCUUGGCUCUCCAGGCCAUAGCUAGUAACAUCAGUCCUAACGAUGGAGAAAGGCAGCCGCUGGAGAAAGACUCUGAUCCCAUCAAAGGGAAUUAUGAGAGGAUAUGAACACUUGCAGAGUAAGAAAACGGGCACAAACAUUAGCAGGAUAAAAGCAUGGUAGGUAUUAGGAGGAAUUUUCUAAUCAGAGUCAAGAUCACUGGACUUGAAGUAGUUUUCUCUGAUAAUUUUUAAGAAAGAAUUAGCAGUGUGUCCGAGAGACACGUCAUGCUCAGAGCAGGCCGGUCACAACCAAAGGCCCUCAAAGGACUUUUCAAGAUGCCUUUUCUCUAAGACCCUAUGAAGGGAGAAAACCAAACUGUGACUGUGACAGACCUGCUCUUAGAAAACCUAGGCUCUUAAAGUCUCUAGGCUUUGGUUCACAUCCCUCCUGGCAUCCAAGGAGGAGAAAGAUCUCGGGCAUCAGGGGAAGCCAUGCCUCCCCAAGGUCAGGACAAUUUACACCUCGCAUGACUGCGGAUGUGUGAAAAGAGAUGCCUCCCCCGGCAUUAACUUUCUUAGCAAAGAGUCAGAUUGCGCCUGGGUUGGGUUGAGAGGUGAUUGGAGAGCGUGCUGCUGACCUGCUGACCGGGCAUCAGAAGCUGUCACACUCUCUCCUGCCACCUCUGCAUGUAAUCAGCUAUGUUAGCCCCACGCCCAUCCUCUGCCCUCCCACAGGGAGCCAGGAGCCUGCUGGGAGCAGAGGCCUCACCUACCCAUCCUCAAAGUCCAUACUAGAGACUUAAGUUUCAUUGUCUCAUCAGGAAACCCACUGAUGAGCAGAGAACCAGCAAUGGAACCGUCCAGGGAGGGAGAGACCACCAUCCCUGCCGGCAGCCUCUUUCCUCACUCUCUCUGCCCAGCUAGGAUCCCCUCUGGAUCUCAAGGGCCAGUCUGCUCCUCUUCCCCUAACUCCCCCCGGCCCCUCGCUUAGCUUAUGUUCCACAUAAAUCCAUUUCUUUUACUUUUCUCUCUAUUUCAGGUAUAAGAAUGCUAACAUUUUCCAAGGUGUUUUUCUUUACUUUCUUUUUUUUUUUUUGUUUUGAGAUGGAGUUUUUUUGCUCUUGUCACCCUGGCUGGAGUGCAAUGAUGCGAUCUUGGCUCACUGCAACCUCCGCCACCCAGUCAAGCAAUGCUCCUGCCUCAGCCUCCCGAGUAGCUGGGAUUACAGGCAUGCGCCACCAUGCCCAGCUACUUUUGUAUUUUCAGUAGAGACGGAGUUUCUCUAUGUUGGUCAGGCUGGUCUCAAACUCCCAACCUCAAGUGAUCUGCCCGCCUCGGCCUCCCAAAGUGCUGGGAUUACAUGCCCGGCCCCGAGGUGUUUUUCUAAGAAACAAACACUAGGUGGAAACACAUACAUCAGUUCGCAGCUACCCGUAAGAGCCCAUUCCCUACCUGAGGUCUUGGCAGGGCAGGGUUCAGUGGGCACCUCUGCCAGGUGUGAGGGCCUGGGCUCCUCUCCCCACCUCAACCUUUGCGGUCCUUGGGUGUGUCUAGCCCUGCCUUCCCUCUGAGCCUCCUCCCUCCAGGGGCCACUGUCUGAGCCCUGAUUUGGUGCUCAGUGCUGGGUGGGUGCUGGCAGGCAGGACACAGGUGAUGCUUUGAGAAUGGGUCCUUCAGACACACAGUCCUAAAUGGGGAAGCAGGAGUCUCAGGUGCCAGGCACAUCGUCGCUGCUAGCCGGGAGGUCUCCCGAACACCGGCUUCUCUCUCAGAGCCCUCUUGCUCCCAGCGUCCCUUCUUCUGGUGCUUCUAGGCCCUUCCCAACGCCAACACUGUGUAGGCAGGCAACGAAGGGACAGCAGAGCCACCUUGUCUCCAGCCCUCUCCCUGGCAAAUGUAAGAAGGGUUAUUUCCUCCCCCAGCAGUAGGGAACCAAGCCCAACAAGAUGAGGUUUUGACCCUCCUUUCCAAGCACGGCCCUCUUUUUCAAAACACCCUUAAGUCAUAUCCGCCUGUUUUCAACUCCUUGGUUGCUUGCCAAGACGGCCACAGGAGAGGAGCCCAUCACACAAACGUUUCUUCUGUUCUUUAUGCCCCGCCCCUCCCAAGCCGCCAAAGCCCAACCGGGGGCAGCCACAACAGGAUCACUCAGCUCCCUGGGGCUGCUGCAUCUGUGCUGAGGCAGUCAAGGCCUGAGCAGGGCACAGAAGAUGGCACACAGGCCUGUCAAGUCCUCUCAUCACGUAUUCCUAGGUGCAGUCUAAGACAAGCACAGCCCAGGUGAAAACAUAAGCCACACCGCAGAAAAGGAAACUGCAGAAAGAAAACGGACUAUGUGCACUGUAUAUUGCUAUUGAUCUUCAUCUGCAAAAGUCUUGCGACCUUGAGAUUAUCAUGGGGAGAUUCUGGGAGUGAAGUUCUCCGGACAGCACUCUGACGAUCGAGCUGGAGGAAGAACACAGGAGAACCUCUGUUUAGGCUUCGUCACUUACGUGUUCGUGUUACGUAAUAUACAUAUUUAAACAGUUCAUCCAUAAGUGAGCAUACAUAUGUCAUAGUGAAUGCUCAGGGAAGUAUUUUCGCAGAAGUGUGCCUUAUCAAAGAGUCUGGAAUCCUCUAUCAAGCAGUCACGCUGUUUGCCACAGGAAUGUACCAGGGGUGAAGUUCUUCCAGCUGCCAAGAAUGAACUGUCACAGGGAGUCUGGGUUGUUGGGAACUGAAGCACUGUCACAUUCUACUGAAGAUAAUAUCAGCCAGGCAACUGCCUCUGCCUGAGAAAGGGGGAGACAGCAGUCAGAAAAAGGCUAGAAAAUGGUGUCCAUCUCAACCAGGCCCCCGAGGGAACCCAGAGGGAAUAUUUGUGCUUUGGCAGCCAAGACAGUGUGAGGCAUCCCGAGCGGAAAGAAAUGACACCUGGUCAUUCUCCGAACCUACACUCAGCAGUUUUCCAGCAUCUCCUGUCUUCAUCCUGGAAGCCAAUACCCGUUAUCUGAUCUCCACUUCUCACCGCGACAGGCCCAUGAGAUCAAGGCGAAAUGGGCGGUGGACCUGGUCUGUCCCAGAAUCUGUUUGUACAGAGUGGUCCUCCAAAAACUGAAAUAAGACUGCAAAGGUGCCCGAGAGCAGAGUGGCCAGGCAGAGUAAGGGACCCAGACACGCGCUCCCUCUGCAGUGAUGUCAGCGUUGUCUCUGUGGGUGGCCGGGCAGGCCAGGGUGUUGACUUUGCCUGCAGAAUGGAGAGCAUUCCCCCAAGCUUCAUACCUAACUGGGAGGUCAGGAUUAAUGUGAAAAGUGGCCACGAUGGAAAGAAAGAGCACCCCAAGAUCUGGCUACCUCGGGCCCUGAGGCAGACCUACAUCCGGAAGGUUGGGGACACAGUGAACCUACUAAUCCCAUUCCAGGGCAAGCCCAAACCUCAAGCCACCUGGACACACGAUGGCUGUGCCUUGGACACCAGCCGUGUGAGCGUGCGGAAUGGGGAGCGAGACUCCAUCCUCUUCAUCCGAGAAGCCCAACGUGCUGACUCAGGUCGCUACCAACUCCGUGUCCAGCUAGGCGGGCUGGAGGCCACGGCCACCAUUGACAUCCUGGUGAUUGAGAGGCCAGGCCCUCCUCAGAGUAUUAAGCUGGUAGACGUCUGGGGCUUCAACGCUACCCUGGAAUGGACACCUCCCCAAGAUACAGGCAAUACAGCACUCCUGGGAUACACGGUGCAGAAGGCUGACACAAAAUCUGGGCUGUGGUUCACGGUGCUGGAGCACUAUCACCGCACCAGCUGCGUUGUCUCCGACCUCAUCAUCGGCAACUCCUAUGCCUUCCGCGUCUUUGCUGAAAACCAGUGCGGACUCAGUGAAACAGCCCCCAUCACCACUGACCUCGCCCACAUCCAGAAAGCAGCUACUGUUUACAAGACCAAGGGGUUUGCCCAGCGAGACUUUUCUGAAGCCCCAAAGUUUACCCAGCCUCUGGCCGACUGCACUACAGUCACCGGCUAUAAUACCCAGCUCUUCUGCUGUGUCCGUGCCUCUCCCCGGCCCAAGAUCAUCUGGCUGAAGAACAAGAUGGAUAUCCAAGGCAACCCUAAGUACAGAGCCCUGACUCACCUGGGGAUCUGCUCCCUAGAGAUCCGCAAGCCUGGUCCCUUUGAUGGAGGCAUCUAUACCUGCAAGGCAGUGAACGCCCUAGGGGAGGCAUCUGUGGACUGUCGGGUGGAUGUGAAAGUUCCUAAUUGAGGACACCUAAGAGGAUGCGGUACUCUGGUAAAGGUGUGUGGUCCCAAGCAGCACAUUACUGGCAAAAGGCAACUCAGCUCAUCAUUUAGAACUUGACAGCUCCGUUAGAUUUUCCAUCAUUCACAGUAGGUAUGUUGUGUACAAACUGAGGCAUAAGGUGAAAAAGAAGCUUGAGAUAGAACGAAAGAGAACAAGUUCCCAGUGUCCCCUCUGACUUGUAGCUGCUGGCUGAUGGAAAUUGAAAAUGAAUUUGAUCUCAGAAGACAUUUAUUUAAGGCUCUCACUGGUAUGUAGCAAAUGAAAGCCCUAAGGGAUGCGUUACAAGUCCAGACUUCUCAGAAAAGCGCUCUCCCACAGUCGGCUUGCAGAGACAGCUCUCCCUCCCUCAUCUCCCGCUCUGUGUUAAUGUUAUUUGUAUUCGAGCUAGU